AUGUAAUAAACAUUUUAAAAACACAAAUAAAACUCUCUAAGAGUAUUUGAGUAGUAUUUUUCAAUCUGUUUAUAAAUCAUAUAAGAUGUUAAUUUAACUUAAACAUAAAACAGCAUUUAUGAAAUAUUUGCAAGAUAACUUGACGAAACCUUUAGUUUAAAUUCCUCCUAAGUUGAAAAUGAUACUUUAAGAGCCUGUAAAUCAUAACUAUUGAAGAGAAAGGUCUAGAAUAAAUUUGAAAAUAUGGGAUCAGAAUUUAGUAAUCAAAUUGCAGAAGUUCCACAUGAAAUGAGUAAUGACAAUUGCUCUUUAUGCUAAUUGCAAUUUGAAAAAUAAGAAAUAUAAUAUAGUGCGUUAUUGAUUUCUUAUACAAAUGUUAUUAAACGUAUUAAUGCGAUGCCCUAAAAAAUACCAACAAAACUAAUAAACAGACAUUUUCUAAAUUGUGGCGUCAAGCUGUUAACACACUUUUCAUAAAUACUGCUUAUUCUAGAUUGAAUAAAAGCAUAACAUAGGUGAGUUUUAAUAUUUGAGAUGUCCAACCUGCUUAUCUCCAUACAAUUUUACCUUUGUAAGUCCAAUCCAUAUUAAAACUGCAAAUGAUUAGAUUCUAAUCGAAAAUUUGGAUUUCUUUUUAGGUACAAUUACAUCUAAAAAAUUGAUGGAAUAUUAUAAAAGAUUUUAAGUAGAGAAAGGAGAACUAGAAAUUCCAAAACUUCUCGAUGAAAUUUUUUCAUAAGUUCUUUGUAGCUUAUUAUUUUAAUUGUUGAGUGAUUUAAACAAAUUUAAAUUGAAAAACACCCAUUUAUUAUUAUAAGAUGUCUUAGCUCUAUUAAGAAUACUGUUUUAAAGCAAUUAAACUACUGUUUUAGAAGAAGUAGUUCAAAAUGAUUAAUAGGCCCAUGUUAGAAUCUUAAAUUUAAUAUUGCAAUUUAUGAUAAAGUAAAAUAACAUUAAUGAUUUAAAAUCAGGAUUGUGUUUAAUAUUUAAUAACAACAUUAAUCAAUCGGCGAUAAUUCAAGCUUUGACCGAAAACCUAAUCAUUUCAUAAAUAGAAUAAAAGUCACUGCCAUAUGAUCUAGAAAGAAUAAGUAAGGACUUAAAAUAACAUUAUAUAAACAAAUUUCAAUUGAACUUCAAAAAAUUUUUAUUAAGAUAUUAUCUUUCACCUUGCUAAAAACAAAAAUGUAAAUUUUUGCCAUUGUAGAGAAUGGAGAAUUAGGAGGAGAAUCAAUACCUUUUUUUUGAUUUGUCUUAAGAAGAUGUGCGCUCAUUAUUGUGGAAGACCAUAAAAUGUAAAUAUUUAGUCUUAAUUUAGACAUAAUUUGGAAAUUUGUCCAGACAUUGUUAGAAAAGGCAUUCUGA